CACAGUGGACAAAUCAACGAGGCUGUAUGCGCGUUUUACGCGACGCGGGAAAACUACUACGCGUUCAUUAUCCGCGAAGCUAUCAAACUUCACACGCGGCUGAUUGUCGCCGCAAUUUCACAAGAGUCCAGACAAAGCUCUUGCAGUGUAUAAGGCGAUGAUAGCGUCCUAGCGUUGUCGCGCCGCUCGCAGUGCAGACGGGCUGCUUGAAACUGCUGCUCGAGUGUGUUUCUGAAGAGCGAAGACAUGGAGCGGUGUAAAGAGACGCGUCUCGUAGUGUGUUUGCUACUCUUUCUGACGCUCCGCGAGGAUUUGGGAUUCGCAUUCAGACAGAAUAAGGACACCGAGUUCACUUUCCUUUUACCUCCAGGAGCAACCGAGUGCUUCUUCCAAACAGCCACUAAGAGCGGCAGCAUGGAAGUGGAGUACCAGGUCAUUGCAGGCUCAGGGCUGGACGUCGGCUUCACACUGAUCUCCCCGCAAGGAUAUAGAUUGGUCUCCGACUUCAGAAAAUCAGAUGGCAUACAUACAGUGGACCCCACUGAGGAGGGCGACUACAGGAUUUGCUUUGACAACAGCUUCAGCCAUAUUUCAGAGAAGAUGGUGUAUGUGGAGGUGAUUGUGGAUGGACCAGAGGAGGACGAUGAGGAUGAUGAAGAUUGGGCUGCUCUGGCUGAACCGGAGGACUUGCUGGAGUACAAAUUGGAGGAUAUCAGGGACACAAUGGAUGCCGUGCACAAGAAUCUGGAGCGAAGCCGUCAGCUACAGACGACUUUGCGGGCGUUCGAGGCUCGUGACCGUUACCUGCUGGAGGAUAACCUGUGGCGGGUUUCCUUCUGGUCCAGUGUCAGUCUGCUGGUCAUGGUCAGCGUGGCCCUCGCCCAGAUCUACACGUUACGCAGAUUAUUCAGUGACAAACACAGAGUAUGCACAUAUCACAGAUGAACUGGAGAAGGACGAUGCUGGAACACUGUAUGCUGGACUAAUGGAUUCUGUAAAAGAAGACAUGUGGAAACUCAGGUCCAAGAAAUAUCCCACAAGUUUAUGUUAGAAUUGAAGUGUUUGGAGCUAUCAGUGAAUCUGACCAUUUUUAAUUCUAAGAGUUUUCUGUAGAAGUGCUAACACUAAACUUACUUGAAGUAUAUAAAAAAAAAUUGAAUGUAAUUUUGUACUUGACUUUUAAAACACUGUGGUUUAAAUAAUUUAUGAGACUUCUGAAAAAAUAAGUAACAUUGCGAUUAACAUUUCGCAUGGAUUUACACUGCAGGAAAAUAAAAAUCCAAGGGAACGUUUUGCAUUGAAUGGAUUAUUAUUCAGCACAUUAGCAUCUCAUUUGGAACAAACGCAGCUCAGUCGUAUGUGGCCUAGCAAGUGCAAAUGCAAAAUGAAUUUAAAACUCAUCUGGGUUAUCGAGGUUACAUUUCAAGUCAUUUGCUAACUGCGAUGAAUUGAGUUAUUGCUGUAGUGUGGGAAUCAGAAUCACGUUGUGUCAUAAUACUUCAAGAUUGUUGCCAUUAAUCUCUUUGUUUUCUACAGGUUAAUCUGUAGGUUAGUGUUUCUUAUAUUCUUCCAUCACCCUGCAAUAAUAUACAAAUAUCCUCAUUAAACAACAAGCCUAGUAAACAUUAUGUACAGCCAUAUUCAUUACAAACUAAAUAAGAGUCCCUAGAGUUCAAUGAAACAAUACACAGACAGAAUGCUCAUAUAUUCAUCUUGCAUCUUUUAUUCAGUAGACAUUUGGAACUCAGGUCAUCACUUGUAAAUCAACUUUUGCAAGUUGGGUCACAUUUUUUCUCAAGCAAUCAUAUUCUGGUCCUGAUCUGGCAGGAGCCACCCGCUCCUAUAAACUGCAAAUGACAUGGAUGCCUUCAGCUUCGAUGUUAUAUAUCAUUGCUCACAAGAUACUCUCUACUGUUGGGAACUUUGCAAUUAGUUGAAUUGGAACAUUCGAAGCUGCUGAUCAUUUGCAUUUCUUAGAAUCAAUACAGUAAACUGUGCUAUCACUGUGCUGCCACUUUACGAAGUGGAACGCACUUCAAAAUGGCAGCAUGGGUUCCUCUGAGAGGAAGUGCUUCGGAAAGUCUUAAAGUCAAGUGGAACGCACUUCCCGUAGUCCCCUGAUGUAUUUUCGUUGACCAAAACCUGGAAAUAAGUUUGCGUUUUAAACCUUCCAUUUCCAUCGUACUGAAGGUUUUUUGAGUAGGUUUUUGGUUGAAAUAAAGUCUGUGGUGAAAAACUCAUGUUCACACGUUUUAUUCAAUGCCAUAAAAUACAUAAGUAAAUACACAACUGGUUAAAUGGGACUAGAUGGUUGUUGGGAACAUAAAUGUCAUCACACCAACUCAUCUAUUCACUAGCAUAAUGGCGUUGAAGUCAUGUGACCCUGGUGUAGUUUGUUUAUAGCCUAUGUUUAGUUUGUACAUUACGUGAUUGUGUUUAGGCUUUAUCGUUCAGUUUGUUCAUGUGUGACAAGUUUGAACCAAAUGUGUAAGAAUCAAAUUCUGUUGGUAACAGAUCUUAUUUUCUAAUCCAAAACAAAAGCCAAUGGGAAAAUCACAUUUGGUUUUUGUCAAGGGGGAACCAGGGUGACUCAAACUUAUGGGUUGGCCUACAAAAAAUAUUAUAUGUCAUCAAUGCAGCAGCACUCUAUUUCUUCUUUUCUUUUGUAAAAAAAAAUUCAACGUUUGGGGGGAAAAAGUUAAUUUUGCUUUUAAUAUACAAAAUCAAUGACUAUAGCCAAUAAUUUUUUUGGUCAAUAAUUCGGAUUCACCAUCAUUCAUACAGUACUUCAUAUCUGGUUUUAGAUUAAAUUCAAAGUUUGUAAUGUUGCAUUUCUGAGCUAGUUUGAUUCAGUUCAACACUUUUAUUUAUUUAAUCUAUGGUGAAACCUAAUGAGAAAAACUACCUCUAGAACCAAGACUAUUACAAAAAAGGUAGGUCAGCACCUUUUCACAUCAAGAGAGGAAAGUUCAAACAAGACUGUGUAAUACCUAGAAGAAUCUCAUCUUUGGUCCACUUUUUAAAUCACAUAGAAACAUUUAAGUUGACUUUUUUUCCAAUCCAAACUGAUUGGUCCUUUGAUAUCCUAUUGAUAUCCUCUGAAAGCAGGCAUCCUGUCCUCAUGGUUCAGAGCAGCUGUAUGGUGAUUCUUCUUCACUGCACCGGAUCAGCUUCAGCUUCACCACUGGUUCUCUGGCCGUCGUGGAGGUGGACGUCUGUUCAACAACCGCAGCCAAAAGCACAGAUCAGCAGUGAAACUUUCAUUUGUGUGCUGUACAUAGUGAAAUAUGUAGGUUUACAGUAACUCAGCAGGCUCUGAUCUCUACCCAGUUUUAGAGUAGAUUAUUAUCUUAAAAGUUGUAUACUAUUCACUUGUGUAGAAACCGCUGAUUUUGACAGAAAAGCUGCUAAAUAUGAGCCUUGCAUUACUCAUCAGGUCACAUGCUGAUAAUAAAACAACACUAAUCUUUAGUCAGAUGUAGUCUUCCAUGAUGACAUAAGACUUAUUCUCUCUCUCUUUAUAGUUCCACUAAGGAAAGUGCUCAUGAGUCAUACAUAAAAGGUCAGCCUUUUUUCUUUUCUUUUUUUUUACAGAGGAAGAAGUGGUAAUGAAGCCACGUGGUUCUAAAUCCUGUUCUUGAGACCUUCAACUCUGCAAAUGUGACUCAUGAGCUCAUUACAUGCUCCUGUGCUGUGCUCAAUUCCGAUUGACACUGCUUCACAGUAUCCAUGAUUUAUUAAUUAGUGCAUGUUAAAAGUAAACACUUGUGCUAUGACUUUGUGAUUUUCUGGAGGUUCCCUUUCAACAUUUUCAGUUGAAAAGUGAGGGUAAUGCGACUGUAACCUAUAUAUCAGCCUAGAAACAGUAACUAAUGGAUUAGACCUACCUAUAUUUCGCUUUUUGCUAACACUUAUAUGCAUAUUCAUCAUAUUGGUGUCAAUAUGCAAUAGAAAUAACCCAUAAGUGAGGACUUUCCUAGGUGGUUAAUCGUUUAGUACCUCACGAUAUGAGUAACGGCUUGAUUCAAAACCAUAAGAUUAGAUGAACACAUUUCUAAUGGUAUUGCAUGGAUAUAUCACUGACUUAACCUUUGAUUGACCAAUGUGAUUACAAAAAUUGGUUUGCUAUGGACACGAGCUGCAAUCACGCCAUGUUGUAAUAAUGGUAAUGCUGAGAUGAGAACACGUGACAUUCUACUCUGAGCUUUUCCACGUGCUUGGACACAGGUAACUAAAGAGUAGUUUUGAAUGGUUCUAAGUGGAUGUGCUAACUUUUAAAAUCUAUAAUUGGCCAUUGCGUUCACAUUCUCAAUUAGUUACUAUCUUCAGAGCUUCAAAAACAUAUUUGCAAUGAACAGUGUACAUUACAGAGUGUUCAUAUAUCAAUGGAUACCAAAUUAACUUGGUAGCUACUCUGUAUUUCUGGUACUUCUGGAAAACUGGUAUGCUAACAUAUAUAUAGCUAACGAAAUAAACAUUUUGACAAAGUUCUUGUAAUAUUUUACAGUCAUAGCAUGAACUCUCUAAAUUGGCCAGGUGUUUUAAAUUUUUCAGAUUAUUGUGUCAUCUAAUAUGUAGAAAUCUCUUUAUUUUUAUUUUUUAAUAUCAAUAAGAACCAGCACAAGACAAUUACCUACACUCCUUAUAAAAUAUAAUGGAUAUGCAAUAACUGGAAGCAACCGAAAGCCUUGCACCUUAAAGUUACAAACGGCUGCCCCCGCUCUUAUGUUAAAAAUACGGCAAUGUGUAUAGUACAUAUCAUAAAUGCAUAGUAUGCAUUUUCCUACUAUAAAGUAAGCAAAAAAAGUACCCAGUAAGCAAAAUCAAGUACCCAGAUGAACUACUUUCGGGGAAUUUCUGAAGUGUGCACAGCCUAUGUAGUACAUUGUAGUACAUUCAGAUUUAAUUUACACUACAGAAUUAACCUGAUCUCACAAGAAAAUGUGACUAUUUUACAAAGUGAUUUAGUAAGAAUCUAAUUUUUAAAUAGUACAAAAGCAUAUGGUUUAUAGAAAAAAGUAAGCAUGAAUGUCCUCCUCUGAACAUCACUAUCAAAGAGGCACAAGUAAGUCAUAUGAAAACAUACAAAUUAAAUUGUAUGAAUUCAUAUAAAUUAGCCACCAAUUUGCCAAAACAUAAGAUUGUUUGCCAUGAGAUUGUGUUGCACGUUAAUACUGUGUAGAACAUACAAAGUAGUUAUUCAAAGAAAGGGCAUGUGGCUUCGGACGCAGUCAGAGGUGAGUGAGACCACAUUUGAUUUAUUUCCACGAUAACACAGAGGAAGAGAUGCAUGCUGGGAGAGACAUGUCAUGGAAAAUUAAGCAGACAGCGAGGAGACGUGACACAAGGAAACACCGACCACCAGAGAACCAGAUCUUUAUUAUACACAACACCUUUUAUUAUCAUCUCACUUUCCAUUUUAAUUGCUACACAGGCACUUGACAAUGAUUUGUUAUUCCAAAAGCAUGAAAAGGAUGGUAAAUAUGUCCUCAGUCCCUCACUCCAUACAAAAAGACAAUUAUUAGAAGGAGAGACGGGGAUCGGGUCACCAUAACCAAUGGCUAGAGAGAAAGUUAUGGCUGCAGUGAUCUGAGCAUUAUCCAGUUCUUAACGGAUAUUGAAAUAAUUUGAAAUCAGAAAACAUACGACUGGAUACAAUUUGAAUUCAAGCCUCGAAAUGACUGAAGGGGCAGCGGUUGCCAUCACUGUAGCCAUAACACACAGGAGUGAUUAAAGAGCGUUUGGCCCUGAAAUCUGCAGCUAAUAUUUUUAAAUUUCAUCUCAAGUCCGACUCCAAGCCUUCAAUUAUUUACAGACGAAUCGAUGCAAAAUCAAAGACCCGCUCCCGCUUACACCAAAUCCCUAUUCUUAUCCUCAAGUUAAUCAAGAAAGCAAAAUUCGUCACGGCCCAUUUCCUUGCACGCACAUCAAAAAAAAAAAAAAAAAAAAAAA